CAGGACAGCAAAACUGGAGUGAUUAAGCACAGUCUAUUCUCAAGGGCUUGAGUUGAGCUGGGAGCUCUGGAGUCACACAACAAUCGCUACCCGAUGAUGCAGUGAUGAGGUCACAAGUGGGGCUCCCCUCCCCCCCACCACCCUUGGCUUCCUCAGAGCUAGGCAGAGGAACCAGAAGGAAAAUCCACCUUCUCACACAGAGCAAUACCAUCCACCUCACUCGACUACUUGUCAAGUUCCCUACCAGCACAAAGGGGGCCCAGAAAAUCAAAAAACAAUGUCAAGUGAUGAUAAAAAUAAAUCUAGUGAACCCAAGAAUGAGCCCAAGAACUGUGAUCCCAGGUGUGAACAAAAGUGUGAAGCCAAAUGCCAGCCUAGCUGUUUGAAGAAGCUGCUGCAACGGUGCUCUGAAAAGUGCCCACGGGAAAAGUGCCCAGCACCACCAAAGUGCCCACCGUCCCCAUCACUGUGUCCCCCACCAUGCCCCCCACCAUGCCCUCCUCCAUGCCCAGCUCCCUGCCCCCCCAAGCCCUGUUCCAAGCCCUGUCCUCCUAAAUGCCCAUCUCCCUGCCCACCCCCAGAAUGAGGCACCAAGGGUACCACUCCACCCACUACCUCCAACAU